AGGUCAGGUGAUGAUAUCGAACGGGAGCACGACUGACGAAAACAUCGGACGAUCAUUUUUUCGAAAUCGGGUGAUUCAGGUCUUUGGACAAUCUGACUAAAGCUGGUAUUUACACAGUAAUUGUGACACUGUUUUUUUUCACGAAGGCAGCAUUGACGCUGAGAAGUUCCAUCAAGAUUCCACACACAUAGUGACUAUUUGAAACAAAAUAUAAGAAGUGACUGUUGUUGCAGUGUUGGAAAACAAACAAUAGAAUCUCGACAUCACAUUGAAUAUAGGAACUACACAAAAGAUCCUGGGAACUGGUACACCAAAAUACAAGUAUUGACCAUGAGUCAACUCAGUAAAGUAGAUGCUGCUUUCCGUAGCGUCAUUGUCUACAAAUUCUUCAAAAAUGGAUGGGGGACGCCAGAGAAUCUCAAAAAGAUUUUUGAUUUCCGUAAGAAGAUCUCCAACAGAGAUACCUGUAAAUACAUGGUGAACAUGUCAUUAGACAAAGUUAUCAUUGACAAGGAGGAAGUUGUGGAAAAGAAAAACAUGAAAACCAUUGAAGGCCAUUUCACGUCACCAUUUGAAAGACACUUACCUGGAGUGAUGCCAGAGAAAGUGAGAACAGCUAAAUUCAAGUUGAUUCUUCCUACGAACUGGCAGACAGAAAAUUACAAACCUGUUUGUUUACAACUGGCCGGUACAGGUGAUCACGGUUUUAAAAACCGAGAAGAGAAGAUGGCCAUGCCUCUGUUACAGAAAGGGAUCGCCUCCCUACUGUUGGAGAAUCCUUAUUAUGGCUCAAGGAAGCCAAAGACACAAACGCGAUCUUUCCUACUGCAUGUCAACGAUCUGUUUGUGAUGGGGGCUGGCUUGACCCUGGAGUCGCUUGUCCUAUUACGAUGGUGUGAAAGUAGAGGAUAUGGACCUCUGGGUAUCACCGGCAUCUCGUUGGGAGGACAUAUGGCGUGUUUAGCGGCUACUAACUGGCACAAGCCCCUUGUUUUGGUUCCCUGCCUGUCCUGGACCACAGCUUCCUCUGUCUAUACCAGGGGAGUGCUAAGGAAUGGUAUCAAUUGGAAGGUGUUGGAAUCCCAGUACAAAGACGAAACAGAAUAUAAAGAAAUGGUGGACCUCCUUACACAAGACAAGUGGGAUUUGUCUGCUUAUUCAGAAGGUCGAAAAGCUGUAUUUGAUAUAGAAAAUCCUGAGGACCUGAAAAGAGGUUACGAAAUGGCAGCAAAUUAUGUGUUAAACAAUCAUUCUCCUCCGGAACAGGAGAGCAUUCCAUCAAGUAUCGAGGAGCCAGUGGGUGAGGAACAGGGUAUUUGGAAAAGAACUAUUCUGCCCGCAGUUUCCUCAAUUAAAGCCCCAGACAUAAGUCUGGAGCCCCUGUACCAGUCUAUCAGCGACAAAUGGAUGGAAAUAGGCAAACGAGAUGAAGCUUCGCUCGCCUUCAUGAUUGGUGUCAUGGAUGAGUGCACACAUCUAGGACAUUAUACAAAGCCAGUGGACCAGAACCUAAUCAUUAUAGUGACAGCAAAACAUGACGGCUACAUUCCCCGUGAUGAGGUGUUGGGUUUGGAUAAGAUCUGGCCGGGCGCUGAGAUUCGUUAUGUAGAUGGGGGACAUGUUGAGGCCUACAUCCGCCACAAAGGAGUAUUUAUAAAAGCAAUAACUGAUGCAUUUGACAGAAGUAAAGAGAAAUUUCACAGUUGACGACGUGGUACAAGCGGACGUGUUGCCGGCAGACACAGAGUAGUUAUUAAUUCCGGGACGUUAAAGCGGAAUCAUGACUUUGUGAUAUCAAACAAUUACUGUGUUGGAUGAUGAGAGCAGUAUAUACCAUAUCUAUUCGACUAAUACAGUGGAGAUCAGUAAUUUUCAGACUGGUACCUUCCUCAGUUACCUCCCUUACAUAUACUACACAGAGGACUGGUAGCGAACUAACCAUCUUUGAGAAUAAAUUCUAGCAUUUGCUCAUCUUUAUUGUGGAUGUCAUGUCAUCAUGGAGAUGGUUACUUCAGCUGAAGAAACAAACGUCAGUAGUGUCAUUGUCAUUAGCUAAUUGGAUACUGUUUGCCUGAAGUCAUUUUAAAAAGCAGAACUUAAAUAUCAUCUUCGUUUAUUUAUAUCAAAGGAUAUAUUUACUCUUGACACUGAAAUCCAUCACUUCUUGUGUUUUGUGGGUUUCUGUGUCUUAAAUUAGCGAUACGUACAUCACCGGAUAAUCCGAUAUAGAAAUUAACCAAUGAAAUAAUCAACAGGGUUACCCACUACCAGUCCUUUGUGAACAGAGCGCAGCCCUGGUGGAGAGUAUAGAACUAAGGGAGGGAACCAGUCUUAAAUAAUUUUAUAUUUUUGCCAGCAAUUCUUAUAUCAACUUUUUUACAGCUUUGUGGUAUAGAAAUGGCCAUGAAGGCUUUAAUCAUUGAAGUGACUUGAGAUGUUUUAAUUUAUUGAUUAUGAGUAACUUGUUAAUUGGUUUUGGUUGUUAUUAUACUACAUCCUGAUAUUGAUUACAGUUUGUGUACAGAGAUUGUACCUCCUUCCUUAAUCCUAUAUUGAUGGUUACUCAAUACAAAAAUAGAUUGAAAUUAAAAGAUACAAUAUACAGCUGUUGUUGUAAGUCAUAAAUCUCAUCAUCCUAUUGAAUAGAACUUAAAUAAGAUCAUCAUAUUUAUGACUUCCAACAAACAGUUCAAUAUAACCUUCAUAAAUUCUUGAAGAGCUACAAGUCUAUAAAUAGGAAUGACAUACCUCAAGCUAUUUAACAGUAAAUGAUCUGUAAUCAGGUAGAUGAGACUGCUGUACCUGGAAUUUAUAUCCAUGUUGUUAGAAUGAACCACAAACUUGGAGACAAUACCUAUUGUGAUACCGGUACCUUAUAUUGUUUUACCGGUACCUUGUAUUGUUUUACCGGUACCUUGUAUUGUUUUACUUCCUCAGGGAGCCAGUAUUAUUUGUAUGACCAGUCAUCAUAACUACUAGGUUGUAGAUUAAGAUGUUGUGUAGCACUAAGUGGGCUAUAGAAUAUGUGUAAUAUAUUAAUCAAAUAUCCACAAGUAUCCCAAGAAUUAUUUGUCACUGAAAGGUUAAUAAGGUUUACAUGUUUGUAUUGUUUUGAUGUCUAACCAGAUCACCUCUACAAUUAAUAUUAUACCGCUAGAGAAAUAUGUCACUAGAGCCUUGUUGUGUAGCACUGUGUCUCGGUCAUUUGGACCAGGUUAGGUAGUAUUGAUGUAGUGUAUGAGGUCUAGUCCAGAUUAUUAUACUGAAAGCAUUUCCAACUUUUACCUGUAGUACAGGUAUAUAAUUGUAUUACAUGUUGAUAUGAUGUAUACCUCACUCAUAUUGUCAUUAAGAUUUCAAUAGUAAUACCCAAAUGUUGACCUUGCUGUAUAUCAACGAUAUACCUCCCACCUGUAGUGCUAAAACACCCAAAUUGAUGACAUCAUCUUGCCAGUUCUACGAGUCAAUGUUGAGCUCAGGAGAUAUUCUAGUCUGGUGUGGAUUUUGUGCUGGUUUGUUGUUAGUCUGACUGAGAAUUUAAAUGUUAGGAACUUUAUAAUUGUGUGAAACAGAGACAUUACAAAAGACUUGUCAAAAGAUUUUUUUUUCUAAGUUUUUAGGAACGUGUGUAACAGUUGUGAGAACUAUGUGUUAUUGUGUUAAUGAUUCCAAACGAGUGAUGGUGGAUGAUGGUGUUUAUAUAUCGAUCACAAGCGGAUCCGUAAUGAUAGAUGGUGGAUGGUCGUGUUUAUAUCGAUCACAAGCGGAUCCCUAACGAGUGAUGGUGGAUGGUCGUGUUUAUAUCGAUCACAAGCGGAUCCCUAACGAGUGAUGGUGGAUGGUCGUGUUUAUAUCGAUCACAAGCAGAUCCCUAACGAGUGAUGGUGGAUGGUCGUGUUUAUAUCGAUCACAAGCGGAUCCCUAACGAGUGAGGUGGAUGGUCGUGUUUAUAUAUCGAUCACAAGCGGAUCCCUAACGAGUGAGGUGGAUGGUCGUGUUUAUAUAUCGAUCACAAGCGGAUCCCUAACGAGUGAUGGUGGAUGGUCGUGUUUAUAUAUCGAUCACAAGCGGAUCCCUAACGAGUGAGGUGGAUGGUCGUGUUUAUAUAUCGAUCACAAGCGGAUCCCUAACGAGUAAUGGUGGAUGGUCGUGUUUAUAUCGAUCACAAGCGGAUCCCUAACGAGUGAGGUGGAUGGUCGUGUUUAUAUCGAUCACAAGCGGAUCCCUAACGAGUGAUGGUGGAUGGUCGUGUUUAUAUCGAUCACAAGCGGAUCCCUAACGAGUGAGGUGGAUGGUCGUGUUUAUAUCGAUCACAAGCGGAUCCCUAACGAGUGAUGGUGGAUGGUCGUGUUUAUAUCGAUCACAAGCGGAUCCCUAACGAGUGAGGUGGAUGGUCGUGUUUAUAUCGAUCACAAGCGGAUCCCUAACGAGUAAUGGUGGAUGGUCGUGUUUAUAUCGAUCACAAGCGGAUCCCUAACGAGUGAUGGUGGAUGGUCGUGUUUAUAUCGAUCACAAGCGGAUCCCUAACGAGUGAGGUGGAUGGUCGUGUUUAUAUCGAUCACAAGCGGAUCCCUAACGAGUGAUGGUGGAUGGUCGUGUAUAUAUAGAUCACAAGCGGAUCCCUAACGAGUGAUGGUGGAUAGUCGUGUUUAUAUCGAUCACAAGCGGAUCCCUAACGAGUGAUGGUGGAUGGUCGUCUUUAUAUCGAUCACAAACUCCCGGUUUCACCAAGUGUCUUAUACUUAUAUUAGGUAAUACAUGAUAUAGAUAUAAACCUGCCGUCAUGAGAUUAAGGAAGUUUUGCCCAGAACUUUAUUAUAUGUUCUUGUUAGAAAUCUAUUUACGCACAACUUUCUAAAUUCUAGCCUUGGAAAAAUAUCAUCAAAUAAAAACAACAGCAUUUUAAUGAUGUGGAAAUUGAGUGUACACAUAGUCUGUCCUCAUUACCGUAAUUGAGUGUACACGUAGUCUGUCCUCAUUACUGUAAUUGAGUGUACACGUAGUCUGUCCUCAUUACUGUAAUUGAGUGUACACGUAGUCUGUCCUCAUUACUGUAAUUGAGUGUACACAUAGUCUGUCCUCAUUACUGUAAUUGAGUGUACACGUAGUCUGUCCUCAUUACUGUAAUUGAGUGUACACGUAGUCUGUCCUCAUUACUGUAAUUGAGUGUACACGUAGUCUGUCCUCAUUACUGUAAUUGAGUGUACACGUAGUCUGUCCUCAUUACUGUAAUUGAGUGUACACGUAGUCUGUCCUCAUUACUGUAAUUGAGUGUACACGUAGUCUGUCCUCAUUACUGUAAUUGAGUGUACACGUAGUCUGUCCUCAUUACUGUAAUUGAGUGUACACGUAGUCUGUCCUCAUUACUGUAAUUGAGUGUACACGUAGUCUGUCCUCAUUACUGUAAUUGAGUGUACACGUAGUCUGUCCUCAUUACUGUAAUUGAGUGUACACGUAGUCUGUCCUCAUUACUGUAAUUGAGUGUACACGUAGUCUGUCCUCUAGACUCAGAACUUUCCUGAUGUACCCGAGUGAUGUAUAUCCAAAACCACUGAUCUGUUGGUGAUAGUUGGAAGAACACUAAUUGCUGGUAUACUCCGACCAGAAUGACCUGUUGUGUUGAACUUUGAUUAGUUUAUUGAAUGUAGAUGAGUCAAUAAUCAUACAGGGAAAUAGGUGCAUUACAUACUUGUAUAUAAGUAAGGGUUUGAAAUGAUGUACAAGACCAUUCAUGGGCUAAUUAAGUGGUACGUUCCCGAUGUACUGGUGACCCCAGUAUAAUAGGUUCGAAUCCCGUAAAGUACUUUUCUCAUUUUAAGAGAUUUUUUGUUUGCAUGUUGUUUCAAAGGGGCAGUGUGUAUUUUUUUUUUUUUUUUUAAUUCUACAUUCAGUUAUCAUUGCCCUUCUGGUAACUUCACUAUUUAACUUAACUGUUGAAAUGUCAGACAAUGAUCAGUGAGAUACGUUCUACCUUUUUUACGACCGAGAACAUUUUUACAGGUUUUACAAAUUUUAAUAAUAACAAGAAAUAUCUUUAAAAAAGAUUAACGGCAUAGUAUUAAUGCUGGUGGUUAUAAUGUAAAACUGCUGGUAAAAUUAAUUA